UAGUAGAGAUACGAUACCAAGAGGGGGCGGCAGCCAACCCUAAUCGACCUACCUAGGUUUUCCUUCCUUCCCCAUCCCCACAAGAAAGAAAGCAGAGGGGCGACGGCGGCGAGCUUACCCAGAGGAGGGUGACAUACCCUACUCUGGAUUCAGCGGGUGGCGAGUCUUGGAAGCGGAAAGAAGCCGAGGAGGAGGCUGGUAAGAGAUCUGAGAUGGCGGGGAUGAGGUCUGAGGUGCCGAGGCAUGCGGAGGACCGACGGAAGAUGCAGAUGCGGCAGUUCUUUACAAGUAGGCAGGCUGCCCUACUACCAGCAGGGAUAGAUUCAGCGGAUGGCCUGUCCGUCUGGAAGGAAGUGAAAGGGGAAAGAAAGCAGAGCGGCGGCGGCGGCGAGCUUACCCAGAGGACGGUGACAUACCCUACGUCUUGGACGCGGAAGGAAGCCGAGGAGGAGGCGGGAAAGAGAUCUGAGAUGGCGGAGAUGAGGUCUGAGGUGCCGAGCCAUGCGGAGGAGAGAGGGAAGAUGGUGCGGCAGCGGCGCGGCAAUGAAAAUUUUGCAAGUAAGGAGGCUGCCCUACUACCAGCAGGGAUGGAUUCAGCGGAUGGCCAGUCCGUGCAGAAGGAAGCCAAAGGGGAAAGAAAGCAGAGCGGCGGCGGCGAGCUUACCCAGAGGACGGUGGCAUACCCUACGUCUUGGACGCAGAAGGAAGCCGAGGAGGAGGCGGGAAAGAGAUCUGAGAUGGCGGAGAUGAGGUCUGAGGUGCCGAGGCAUGCGGAGGAGAGAGGGAAGAUGGUGCGGCAGCGGCGCGGCAAUGAAAAUUUUGCAAGUAAGGAGGCUGCCCUACUACCAGCAGGGAUGGAUUCAGCGGAUGGCCAGUCCGUGCGGAAGGAAGCCAAGGAGGAGUCGGGAAAUAUAUCUGAGAUGCAGUACGAAUGGCAGAAGCGACCAGAAGAGAGCGAGGCCAGCUAUGAGAAUCGACUCAGACUUAUGCCCAACGAAGACACGAAUACCUCAAGACGUCAGCGAGAGACCAAUUCUAAAGAGAAAGCCAGGACGACGCCCAAGGUGGAGGCGAAGGAUGCAGAAGAAGAAGCUGGGAAGAAAGCUCAACCUCCUCCUGCGACUGACGCUGAGGAACCUCAAGAAUCUGGGAAAGCUGCAGAAUCUGUGACUCUGGACCGACUCAAACGCAAGAAUACUGCAAGACGUCAGCAAGAGACCAGUUGUAAAGAGAAAGCCAGGACGAAGCCCAAGGUGGAGGCCAAGGAUGCAGAAGCUGGGAAAGCUCAACCUCCUGUGACUGACGCUGGGAUAUCUGAAGAAUCAAUAACAGAAGCUGGGAAAGCUGAAGAAUCUGUGACUGUGGGCAGCGGCAAAACGGCCAUGAACCAAGAUGUGACCGGUCUCAGUUAUACCCAUGAUGAGGAGGAGAUGUUGCAGCACCGAAAUCUCGUUGGCUAUUCUUUCAUACAUGAUGAAGCCGAGAAACAAGAGAGGAGUGCGGUGCUAAAGGAUGUACAAGAGAAGAUGGCGAGGACAAAGGAGUUGCUACAGAAGUUGCCUACCAAGGGUCUAGAGGAGGAUUCGAACAGGAAGACCGAACCUGCAGCAGAUCCCAAUUCAACGACCAUCCAAGGUGAUCAUGACGACGAGAUUGAGGCUUACAUUUCUUACCGUAAAAGCUGGGAAUCUCAUUGUUGCGGUGACGACUGUGAUCACUUCGACCACAGAACCACUCUGAGUUCAAUGCAGUAUGCACACCGCAUGCCCCAAAUGGUCCAGCUCAGCUAUGCUACAACCUUGCAGGUAUUCUCCAUGAAACUGAAAUUCACAGAAGGCAAUGCUGGUGAUUUUAAGUUGCCAUUGUAUGUGUACGGCAUGGUUUCCGUCCGAGACAUCUUGGAUUCCAGAAGAAACAUCCUCUUCUCGUGCCGUUGGACCCAGGCCCAAAAACUGACAGAGGAUGAUCCUUUUCUGCUCUUGACUGGUCCGUCCCGUGCGAUCAUGUCUGAGGGCAUGGUCUACUUUGAGGUCCAUCUGUUAGUGAAAACGACGGCAUCAGUCUCUCAAGAUAAACGGUUGAUAACUUGUGUGCGCUCUUAUAACGGAGGAAGCAAUGCAGCCCUGUGCUUCAGCAACGUCAUGUGUACGCUAGAGAUGUGCUUGCGGACAGUUACAGAGGCGGUCCAGGCUACUAUCAUGUGUGUCCAGAUUGUCAAUAAGCAUAAGUUAGGGCGACCUUCAAAUUUUGCAUAUGGCGGCUGUGUUGCUUGCACCCCACUACCAAGGACGACUGUUAUUGAUGGCGACCAGAAGAUUGUGCUGGUUGAGUCGAAAGGUAGGGAAUUUCCGCAAGGUUAUUUUGGGUAUGUACAUCUGAGGAGCCAAGUUGUUUCUGUUGAAAUUGAUGGAGAGUUGGCCGUUGUCAUACAAGCCUACAAUCAAUCUGGUGCUGUCGCUGAAGAAAGGUGCAUCCAUUUCAAGGCCCGUAAUUGCCAGGUGUUCAAGAAGCAUUGUUUUGUUGGUCAAGCUAAGGUAAACGUGACUGUUGCUUGGUCCGAUGUUCCUACGAACAGGACAGAUAUGGUGUACGGAGACUGAAGCGUGCAGCAGCUAGGAGAUUUCAAUCAGUGUGAUGUGUUGGACUUUGGUUGUAUUUCUGUUCACUACAGGAAUGGCGC